AGCGAUGGUCAUUGUCAUUUGUUUCUCACCUCAAAAAAAGGAUGGAGUUGAUUUGAUACAAGAGCCAACCAAAUGCAAAAGCUCUGCAAAGAUCUUGAAAGGAAUAAUCUUUUCAAAGGGGAUCAAAUACUGUAUUAAAAAAUCGAACUUUCAAGGCAUCAUCUUUGGAAGACACAGGAGACAAAAGUGCACAGCUGUGUAGUCCAGGAGCAGCACGAGCAGUAGAUCUCCAUCUCCAGCAGUGGCAGGAGGCGGAGGAGGAGGAGCAGCAGCCGGAGAUUCUCGAAUGGCCGGUGACCUGCGCCAGCGCCGGCCGGCGGGGGCGGCGGGCGGGGACGGGGGCGUCACGAGCGCCGCCGACACGCCGUCGGGCGGCGGCGGCGAGGAGGCGGAGAGGAAGGGGAGGAAGGGGGCGCUGGGGUGGCUGGAGUGGGGGCGGGGGUGGAUGGCCAUCGUGGGGGAGUUCCUCUUCCAGCGGAUCGCCGCCAGCAACCUCGCCAACCCGCUCGAGCUGCCGCCGCUGGAGGGCGUCACCUUCGUCGUCACCGGCGCCACCAGCGGCAUCGGCCUCGAGAUCGCCAGGCAACUCGCACUGGCAGGAGGUCAUGUUGUGAUGGCUGUUAGGAGAACCAAAUUGGCGCAUGAGCUCAUUCAGAAAUGGCAAAGUGAAAAUUCAGAACUUGGAAGGCCCAUUAAUGCUGAGGUGAUGGAGCUUGAUCUGCUCUCUCUCGAAUCGGUUGUAAAAUUUGCCGAUGCCUGGAAUGCUCGUAUGGCACCCCUACAUGUAUUGAUCAACAACGCUGGCAUUUUCUCUAUAGGAGAGCCUCAGCGUUUUUCAAAGGAUGGAUAUGAAGAACAUAUGCAAGUGAACCAUCUUGCACCGGCAUUAUUAGCAGUGUUGCUUCUACCUUCCCUUCUCCGUGGUUCUCCUAGCAGAGUUGUAAACGUUAGUUCAGUGAUGCACACAGUAGGUUUUGUUGAUGCUGAAGAUAUGAACAUGACAUCUGGAAAACGGAAAUUUACAAGUAUGCUGGGAUACUCAAAUAGCAAGUUAGCACAGAUAAAGUUUAGCAGCAUGCUUCAUAGGAGGAUUCCUGCAGAGGCUGGCAUUAAUGUUAUUUGUGCCUCUCCUGGGAUUGUUCACACGAAUGUUGCAAGGGAUCUCCCCAAGCUUGUUGUAGCUGCAUACCAUUUGAUUCCAUACUUCAUAUUCGAUGCUCAAGAAGGUUCAAGAAGUACACUGUUUGCAGCUACUGACCCCCAAGUUCCAGAUUACUGUGAAAUGCUGAAGUCUGAAGAUUGGCCUGUUUGUGCUUGCAUCUCAUACGACUGUAAUCCAAUGAAUGCAUCUGAAGAAUCACACAACCUUGAGACGUCACAGCAAGUUUGGGAGAAGACGCUGGAGAUGAUUGGCCUCCCAUCAGAUGCUGUGGAUCGGUUCAUCGAAGGGGAAUCGGUUCAGUGCCGUUAUGGACAACAGAAGGCAGAGUAGGCUAUUUCAUAGGCAAAACACGUUAUAAGCUCGAUCGAUUUCAUGGUGAUUUUAGUUUGCUAGUGGAUUUGUUCCAGUAAUUUGUAAUGGUACAUUUGUCAUACCAUUUUUGUUCUGUGGUUGGUAAAUCUUACUGCACCAGGAUAGAAGCAUGGCAAAACCAAGUUUAUUACAAGAAUGUAUCUUUGCCCUUGUUAAAUGGCAAAAUAUUUGUAGAGUUUAGAGCUGUAAAAGCAUUUCCCUCAUUAUCUGGGGUCAUCACCUUACUGCUAGGGGAAUUAAAUGAAACAUUUUCA